AUGCCGGUCAUCGAAAUCGACAAGAAGGGUAUCGUUGGAGAUCUGUUGGGAGGAGGGGAUGAUAGCAGUACCGCGCAAGCGCAAAGUACUCAAGCGGCUAAGACUGCAGCGUCCUUCAGCACGGACAAGGACGCCACUACGUCUACUACCGCCAAGGCUGGGAAAACGGACUCGGCUUCCUCUGCGAGCGACAAGGCUAAUUCGACUUCUGCCGAUUCCAAGAAUGACAAGGCCAGCUCGACCUCGAGCGGUAACUCGAGUGCCACUUCGGCAAACACUGCUGCGUCAACCAACGCCAAAAAUGCCGCCAGCUCUGCGACGUCAAAGACGUCUGACUCGUCGGCUGCCUCAUCCACCCCUUCUUCUACUACCUCUGCGAUUAGUAGCGAGACCUCUGCGGAAUCUGCCAGCAGUAGUGGAACGGCUACAUCCAAUUUGAGCACUCAGAGCGCUUCCGACUCUGUUUCGAGCAGUUCGGACUCUGCAAAGAGCAGCACUACGGCCAGCGCUACCGAGCUCGGCGACAAUGUUUCGGCUUCUCUAUCCUCUUCCUCCGCGCCGAGUACUGCUUCAGUGGCCGCUGUUGCCGCCAACGCUUCUGCCAACACCGGCUCUAGCACGAUAUUCAACCCGGACAACAAGCUUUUCCCUUUGGCCAUGGUUUUGGUCUCGCUCGCUGGCUUAUUUGUUAUCGUCACAACCGUCGUGCUUUUCAUACGAGUGUUUGGGUGGAACAAGAGACGUCGCACAGAACGUUCGGCCAUUCCAUCUUACAUCGGCUCCGACCCGUCUUUUGAGCCCGUCGAGCCCAAGAGGUUUGAGACCAUAACCAACAACAUCGCAUCCACCAGCCCCGGCCAGCACGAUAACUACAACUAUGUUAAUUACCCUCCCAACGCGUCUGCCGUCAAUGAGCCUCCUGCGCGACCUGUUCGGGCUCAGUACGUCGCUGCUUCUGGGCCCACUCCCAACCCGUACGACGACUAUUAUGACGAAAAGCCGCAGCACAUGGGGUCACCCGUACCAUCGUUCAACACCCAGCGAGGUUAUGACCGGCCUCCUCCUACAGGCGUCUAUGAUUACGGCGCGCAGUACCAGCAGCCUUCUGUGCCCCAGCGAAGCAACACCAAGUCGUCUGCCUACUCUAGCAGCAGUGGCGGGUCUAUGGGGGCCCAGAUGAUGGGUCAAAACCCUAGCCAAGCGGGUUAUGCGAGGAGGUAUUCGGGCAGCGGGCAGAGUUUCAAGUCAGUCGCCAGCAGCAGAGCUGGGAGGAGCAAUGGCGGAAGGUUGGAGAAGGAAAGGUACUAG